AUGCGCUACGACCAUGGUAUAGUGCUGGCACUCCUAGCGCGCGUCGUGGUCAGCACCACCCCAUCGUGUGUCCCUCUGAUCGGUAUCGAAAAAGACGGUGAUGGCACGGCGACGCUCAACCUCGACGACAUGAGAGUGUCCCUGGAACUCGAGGUGUUCGAUUUCAACAAUGCAGUGGUCCCGGCACUGGUUGCAUGCUCCUCAGGUCUGGAGACUUCCGUCGCUAUGAGGACCCUACUAGCCAUUCAGAGCUCGUCGUGGUCUGUGGCCAGUGCCUUUCAACCGCCCCCCGUGCUGAAUAUCUUCGGGGACAGGCAGACGUCUGACGAACGCCGCCGCUGCUAUCCAGACACACCUGAAACCAUCGAACUAUUUUCCCUGCACUACAAGGUGGCCGCGCUCUACGUGUUGGCCCACGCCGCGCUCAAGGCGAUGCCAUUCUGCCACGCUGAGAUCGAUCCGCUCAUGCUAGGCCUGGACCACCCUAUGUCCUUCAUGGAGGAAGGGGAAGACGCCAGCAUCGACACGUCCACGCCGUGGGGGCUUGCCCAGGCCUACGUGGACGAGGGCUGGGACUAUCUCACCGCAAACGACGGGUGGAACGCGGACGGGAGCAUGGGAGGCCGGGAAUUCAACCGCGUCCCGUUCUCCGGCGAUUUUUCGAUGACUGACUCGGAGGGAAACUCGUGGACGCCCUACGUCCCCAGAAACAGUCCCAACGAGUUCACGGACACCAAGAAGUGGCAGCCUCUGGAAGAGUCUGAUGGUCUCGGAUACAUCACAACUCAAGAGCACGUGACACCGCACAUUGGGAGCACUGGCCGCUACUUCGGGUUCUCUUCGAAGGAAGACGAGGAAGCAUUUAGCUCGCGCACGAUCGACAGACCGGAUUAUCUCAACAGGUACAAAGACGUCGUCCACGACGUGCUUGACGAGUCCGCCAUGACCGCGGACUCGCUCUAUAAGCAGGUCGCCAUUUCGUUCUUCGAUGACAAGGUCAACUCCCUCAUUCCUCUCAGCGUCGACUACUUUCUACGGAACACGACCCAGGCAGAGUACACAACAACGGAAUUCCUCCAGCUAUCUCUGGAGAUUCAGCUUGCCCUUUACAAUGGCGUCUUGCUGACGUGGAAGGAGAAGAUCCAUCACGAUCGACCCCGGCCAUCCACCAUGAUCAAGCACAAGCUCGGUGACGAGUUGGUGGAGGCUUACGCCGGACCUGGUGAGGGAGUCCAAACUAUGAAGGCGUCAGAAUGGGAGUCUUUCAUGAGGACCAAUCCUACCUCCGAAUACCCCUCGGCCUCUGCGUGCCUUUGUGAGGGAGCCGUUCCAGCGGGAGCCGAGCUGUGCGGGGGCAUGGACAUGGCCAUGUCAAUCCACGACUCGCUUGAGCGUCUCAAAGCCGGGGACGAGAGUGCGGCCAUCUUCAAGACAGACGUCGGCGAGCUAAUGGUGCGCCCCCGCUAG